CUUAACUUCAAUUGUAAGGAUGUACUAUUUAAACCAAAUGGAGUUAAAGGGAAUAAAAUCGAUUUUUGUUAUAAUUCAAAUGUAAAAAAUCAUAUAAUAUGCGAAUUCCCAUCGUUUUAGAGACAUUCUUUAAUGUUUUCUUUGGGGCAGAGACCGAAAGAAGAAAGCUGAAGAGGAAAAGAUUUCAACAGUCAGCGAUAUUUUCCUCUCACAUUUCUCCUCUGAGAUCUGAAAUCUAAAAUGGGAACACCAAAAAUGCAGGACCCGCCAAGUCUAGACCCCAACCCCGAUCGACCAUUCCCCUCCAAUGCAUCAUCAUCCACCACUCAAACCACGCCCUCCUUCCCCAACCCAACCUCAUUUCGAGGCUCUUAUCACAGGCGAGCCCAUUCCGAAGUCCAGUUUCGGAUCCCUGACGACUUGGAUCUCGUCUCCGACCCCUUCGAAGGGUUGGGAUCCGAAGACGACUUGUUUUGCACUUACGUGGAUAUUGAGAAGCUGGGUGGAUCAUCCAAGGGGUCGGAAGAUGGAGGAGGGGCUGCAGGGUCUUCCAGUGGUGGUUCGGGUCGGAACCCGGAGGGAGAGGAAAUGAGUGGCGUGUCGGGGAAGGGAGAGAAGAAUAAUGGAGGAGGGAAAGGAAGGCAUAGGUAUAGUAAUUCGAUUGAUGGGUGCUCGUUAAUGGAGUCGAUUGAAGCUAAGAAAGCUAUGUCACCUGAUAAGCUUGCUGAAUUGUGGACUAUUGACCCAAAGAGAGCCAAAAGGAUCAUUGCAAAUCGGCAGUCAGCUGCUCGCUCUAAAGAGAGGAAGGCCCGGUAUAUAUCUGAACUGGAGAGAAAAGUUCAAACACUUCAAACAGAAGCAACUACUCUUUCUGCACAAUUAACUCUAUUCCAGAGAGAUACAACAGGCUUAACUACUGAGAACACUGAGCUUAAGCUUCGGCUACAAGCUAUGGAGCAACAGGCUCAGCUACGUGAUGCUCUAAAUGAAGCGCUGAAGAAGGAAGUAGAGAGGCUCAAGAGUGCUACUGGAGAAAUAACAACAUCCACAGAUACCUUUAAUUUGGGAAUGCACCGUAUGCCAUAUAACCAGUCUUCUUUCUUUCCUCCCCAGCCAGAGCAUAUGCAAGUUGGCACGCCGAAUAUACAAAUGCCACCAUUUCAUCCCUUGCGAUCUAACAUGUUGACACCUAAUCAAUCCGUGGUAACUUCCUCAAACUCACAAGCCUUUGCCGGUAUUAUGCAACAGGAUCCUCUUGGUCGAUUGCAGGGGCUUGAUAUCAGCAGCAGGAGUUCCCACUUAGUGAAAUCUGAAAGCCCCUCAAUUUCUGCCGAUGAAAGCAGUGGAACAUUAUAAUACAAGUUUUGCUGGUCUACACCUUGCUCUGCUCUCUUUGUUGGAUUGUUCAUAGACUGACCUUAUUGACAUCAAAAGGUACUAUUUGUUUGGAGUCGAUUCUUUUAAUGUGAUUGGAAUUUUAGUUUUUCUGUAGCUUUGCUAGGUCAUUAGAUGUUCUAGAUUCUUUUUUUCAUGGAAUUCAGAUUCUUUUUUUUUUUUUGGAGCAAUGUUGUGGGAAUAGAGGUUUGAUCCUUAGGAGUAGAUUAAUGCUACAUUGCUGGUGGCUUCCAUUGUAUUGUCUGUUAAGAAUUGUUUUAAAGUUGUAUUGCUGCUGAAUUUCUUUUAAGUUGUUUUUAUUUGUUUCAGUCGUUCACUCACUCUCCUUUCCAAAAGGAUGUGCGUGCAACUGUAACUGUAUAUGGCUAUCUGAUUGUUGUUCCUUUGAGUUUACUAUUAACCUUUAUGAUUUUA